UUCCAAACUGGAGGGAUGUGUUUCUUGUGCGUUAUUUCCUUUUUAUGUAAUAGGUGUUCGAUAACAGGAGGGCCGGUAGAAGGGGCCCGCACCUCUAUAAAUACCGACGGCCCAUGGCAGUGGUCACUGUGGUCUAGUGACUUAGUGAAACAAACCAGCUUCGAAAUGGCCUUCAUGAAAUAUAUCGUCGUCCUCGUGGCCGUGCUCCUGGCAGCGGCGUACGCGGCCCCCGCCCCCGGAGGAUGGCACGGACACCAUGAGCAUGUCGUCAUUCACGUGCCCCACCACAUCCACACCGUCCAUCACCACCACGUGAAGAAAGUGCAUGUGCCCGUGCCCGUCGUCAAAAAGGUCUACAUUCAUGAAGAGCCCCAUUACCAUCAUGACCACCACCCAUGGUGGUAGAUGAUGAGAUUCAUCCACACAUGUACCUGCCCAUAAGUCACUACCUUAUAGUUUGUCCGAUGGACACCAUGUCGAGGAAAAUACAAAAAGUUUCGUAAAGAUAGUUUUGUAGUUCCAGGACAUUUUGUUACGUCUUACGCUUGUAUUGUUGAUAGUCAGUUGUAAUUUUUGUACAAUAAAUAAAGUUUUUGUGUUUA